UGUCCCUAUAAGCAUGCUAGCUUUUCACUGGUUGUCGCGUUAAACGUGCGAUAAUUUGACACUUUAGACUCGUGUACAAUCACUUUAUUCACACUUUUAGUCCGUUUCGUGACGAAAACUCCACAAUUAAUUAUCACGUUGUCAACAUGUUGAACUCCGGCCGCCGUGCCCUUCAGGAUCUGCUCGGCCAAAUGACUAUCAGGAGUUUUUCUGUGACUCCAGUCCAGAGUACCGUGGUGGUGGAGCGCUGGUGGCAGGUGCCCCUGUCCAAAGUGGGCAGCCCCCCGAGGUUGCACCCCCGCAGGCACCGCAUCUACAAGCUCACGGAGGACACCAAACACGCUCCCCAGAAAAAGAUGGAGCUCAUCCUCACACAGACCGUCCCCAAGCUGGGUGGCCGAGGAGACACGGUGUUUGUCAAAAAGUCAGUGGGGCGGAACAAGCUGCUGGCUCAGGGGCUCGCCGUGUAUCCGUCUCCGGAGAACAAGCAGCUGUUUGCGGAGGAGUUAAGGCUUUUGCGUGAGGGCACGAGCGAGGAAAGGGUCCAAACCCGAACUGGAAAAAUGACAGUAGAUUACCUGAAGCGCUGCAAGUUGACCAUCCACAAAAUGCCCUUGGAGGACUUUAAGCUGACCAGUGAGGUCGUGAGGAGGCAGUUUCUUAAGAAGCUGAUCAUGGUGGUGCCUCCACACGCCUUGAAGCUUCCAUUUGAGCCCAUCACAGAGUUGGGCGACUACUGGUGCGAAGUAACGGUGAACGGAAUGGACACGGUCCGCGUGCCCUUUUCCUUGCUCCCUUACGAGGACCCGUCGGCCAGUCAUCAGCGCCUCCUGAAGGCGCAGCGGCGGCGGCAGGCUGCUGAGCGAGACAUUUCGCAACAGAUGAGUGAGGACCGCGUGACCGAGACAAGUGGAGUCGAUGCCACAGCGCCACCAAGUGACAACCGGAAAAAGGACUGAAGGACACAAAAAAG